ACAGACGGCCACCACUGAUCAAGAAUCAGUUGAUGCUUUUAUGUUAGAUCCUCCUCAGCAAAAAACAUAUGUUCAAUCCCGAAACGCCCUUGCAUGCAAAUUAGUUACAUUUUAUCCAAAUAAUUCAGCUAAAAAUAUUGAUACCCAUAUGGCAUCGAUACUGCUUUUUGACGAAACUUCUGGGAUGCCGAUAGCGAUAAUGGAUGGAGAAGUCAUAACCGCCAUGAGGACGGCAGCGGUUUCAGCAAUCGCCACCAAAUAUUUAGCAGAAAAGAAAGAAGUGCUUGCUGUUCUCGGUUCGGGAGUUCAAGCAAGAGCUCACAUUGAGGCGUUUGUCAAACUUUUCACAAUAAAGAAGAUUAAUAUCUGGAAUCACCGUUCAAAUGGUGCAGAACAACUCGCCAAACAUGUGAGUGCAUCGUUCGGAAUAGAAGUACAAGUAUUUGCCGACGUAGAGUCCUGUGUCGUGGAGGCGGAUGUAAUUAUCGCGGCCACAUUCUCGACUGAACCCAUUCUUAAAGAGUGUUCCAUGAAACCUGGGGUUCACAUCAAUUCCGUUGGAGCCCCACGUCCGCAAUGGCAAGAACUAAGCAAAGAACUGAUGAAUAAUUCGGUCGUUUAUGUCGAUUCAGUUGUGUCCGCAACUCAAGAAUCGGGAGACGUAAUUAAAUCAGGAGCGGAAAUUUAUGGAGAAAUCGGACAAGUAGUGCUAGGAAAGAAAAAAGCUGAAACUACUAGACGUACAGUCUUUAAAUCCCUAGGCCUAGCUCUCGAGGACGCUGUCUCCGCCCGCCUUGUUUUCGACAUCAUGGAACAAAAGAAACAAAUAUAACCAGCUACCACAAGCAUUUCACUAUUAUCAAAUAGAGAAAACAAAAGAAAAAGCUGAGUAAAUUCCUACAGCAUGUUUUAUUAAAUGUAAUCCAGAAGAGUACACACAAAUGAGAGAACUACUGGUACACUGUGCUAGUAUGUUACUCAUCUUGAACAAUAA